AUGACAAAAAAUUAUGAAGGACGUGCAGUAGGAAUAGACCUUGGAACAACCUAUUCUUGUGUUGCUGUGUGGCUUGAUGAGCACAAUAGAGUAGAGAUAAUCCACAAUGAACAAGGUAAUAGAACCACACCUUCCUUUGUUGCUUUCACUGAUAAUCAAAGGUUGAUCGGUGAUGCUGCUAAGAAUCAGACUGCCUCUAAUGCAGAAAACACCGUCUUUGAUGCUAAGAGAUUAAUUGGCAAGACGUUUAGUGAUUCUGUUGUUAAAAAAGAUAUGAUGUUAUGGCCAUUCAAAGUAAUCACCGAUGUGAAUGACAAACAUGUGAUUGUUGUUAAGUACAAAGGUGAGGAGAAGCAUUUUUGUGCUGAGGAAAUUUCAUCUAUGAUCCUCACAAAAAUGCGAGAGACUGCAGAAAAAUUUCUAGAGUCUCCGCGAAAAGCCAUAAUAGACGCUGGUGUCAUUGCGGGUCUUAAUGUUAUACGGAUCAUCAAUGAACCAACUGCGGCUGCUCUUGCAAAUGGACUUGAUAAGAGAUAUAACUGUGUUGGAGAAAGGAAUAUUUUUGUUUUUGACUUUGGUGGUGGCACUUUUGAUGUGUCGAUCUUAACAAUCAAGGAUAAGGUCUUCCAAGUUAAGGCCACUGGCGGAAACACUCACCUUGGAGGAGAGGACAUUGAUAACCGGAUGGUGAACUACUUUGUCGAUGAGUUCAAGAGGAAGAACAAACUGGAUAUUACUGGGAACUCUAGGGCUUUGAGGAGGUUGAGAACGGCUUGUGAAAAGGCAAAAAGGGUACUCUCUUUUUCUGUUGUCACCACAAUUGAGGUAGACUUUUUAUUUCAAGGUAUUGACUUCUUUUCAUCGAUUACUUGUGCCAAAUUUGAGGAAACCAAUAUGGACAUUUUUAACGAGUGUAUGGAGACCGUCAAGAGUUGUCUUACCGACGCUAAGAUGAACAAGAGUACUGUAAAUGAUGUUGUUCUUAUUGGUGGGUCGUCUAGGAUUCCCAAAGUGCAGCAACUAUUGCAGGAAUUUUUCAACGGAAAGGAUUUAUGCGUGAGCAUCAACCCUGAUGAGGCUGUUGCUUAUGGUGCAGCUGUACAGGCUGCUUUGUUGAGUAAAGGCUGUAAAAAUGUUCCAAACUUGGUGCUUCGCGAUGUUACACCACUGUCUCUUGGUAAGGAAAUAGUAGGAGAUGUCAUGAAUGUUGUGAUUCCUAGGAACACUAGCAUUCUCGACAAGAUGACACAAAGUUUUGUAACAACUUACGAUAACCAAUCUUACAUCUCGAAUGACGUUUAUGAGGGUGAGAGAACUAGAGCCAGUGAUAACAAUCUGCUAGGCUCUUUUACUCUUUUGAACAUUCCCCCUGCACCUCGCGGCUAUUGUAUCAAUGUAUGUUUUGCUAUAGACGAAAAUGGUAUUUUGACUGUGACUGCUAAGGACAAAUCCACCGGCAAUAUGAAUGCGAUUACCAUAAACAAGUACAAAGAUAGUUUGUCUUCUAAAAAUGUUAAAAAUAUGAUUAAAGAAGCUGAGAAGUUUAAGGUGGAAGAUAAGAAAUUUUUAAGGAAGGCUAAUGCAAUGAAUGCAUUAGAUUUAAGUGUUUACAAUAUGAAGAAUGCGUUAGAGAAGGAUGUUAAUGUAAAGCUGACUGCUCAAGAACGUGAGGACAUCAACAAUGCGAUGAGUGUGGCCAAGAAUUUGCUUGACAAGAAUAACCAAGGGAAGAAAGAUUUUGAUUUUCUUGAGGGUCAUCAGAAGAAGCUGGAGAACAUGUUGAAACUCAUUAAAGCCAAAACCAGCAAGGAGAAGAACCACAAAUUUUCUUUUUUGAGAUUUCUUUUCAAGUGA